CAUAAUUCGCUUUCCAGCCACAUCCCAUAUCCCACAUCCCGCAUGCAUCCCGCCGCAUUCCACAUCUACCAUUUCCCGCAUCCCCCCACAUCCACAUCCCCUUUCGCGCAUCUAAAACCGCUGCGACGGCGCAUCAUACAUCCUGAAAGCCGGGAGAUCGGGGAUUUGACGGAUCCGAGUUAGCGUGUUCUCGGCAGCCUCGAUGGCGGAAACCCGGGAUGUGCGUGAGGGGAGGAAUGACUCUUGGGGAGUCACCGAGGCUUACCUUCUCGCGGUGACUCCUCCUGACUGCGGAAAAGAAUUCGCCUGACUGAUGCAUGGCUGAGCGACGGCAUCAGCCAGAUGUGACCCGCCUAUAAUAUGCGGCAUCCAGACUCAGCCAAGUUCAUUCUGAAAUCACGACUCUCUUGAGUGACCCAUCCGCCUCAGUCCACCGUGUUACAACUCUGCUAAUUUCUCUCUUUCGCCCUCUUAGACAACGCAGCCUCCGAGAAUUGCUUAUUCUUCUCGACGUCCUCUCGACGGCUUCUGUGACCACCAAUUCCCUUCGUUACUUCAACUCGGAGACCGACUUUCCGCUAUUAUCAUGGAUUAUACAUGUCAAUUGGAUCAUACGACGACAGCUCCCUGCGGGAUUCGUCGAUGAAGGACGGCAAUUCGCCAUCAGCAGCAGCCGGUGCGUCUCCCUUCUCGCGACAACCGUGCUACACCCCAGCCUCGCAGCAAAGAUCGUCGCCUCCCGCGUGUCCGCAAGCUCCGCGGGUGUCAGGCCGCUGCCACAAGAGACCCAUGGAGCCUUCGGAAAACCUUCGACGUCUCUUCCGGCCAAUCAACUUCGACGGGAUCACGUCUUCGUGAAGAAAUAAAAGGCUACAAGAUCGUCAUCACCCCGGAUGCCAUGACGGAUUUCGGUUUCAACAGAUUCCUCUUAAGGAGGAACCUGGUUGGAUGGAUGGUUCCCGGCAAUCAGGAGCUCAAAAUGGGCUUUUGAAAAA